GCAAGAGGUGACAACAUUCUUCUCCUUCGUUUUGUCGCCAUCGUCGGCGUCGAGAUGAGCUAGCAUCAGGAGCAAGGUACCUGGGAAAAAAAAUUGAGAAGAAGAAAACGAGAGAAAAUCUUCUUGCCUUGUCUUCGAUUUCUCCACAUACUCCUCGUCGCCGUCUCGUGGUCGGGUGAAGGAGGAUCAAAAUGCAGCAUUUUGGGGCUACCACGCUUUACGAGGAUCACAACUACUUUGCUCGCUCCUCGGAAGCUUUCACGCUGGAAGGGGGCCUGGGUUCCGACACCGGCGCUGGCUUGCUGGAUCUUACUGACACACUCGAGAAGCAGCUCGAGGCCUCGAAUCUGGCGCUAAGUGACGCUCCACAACUCAGCUCGGAGUUGAACGUCCCUUCCACGGAAUUCGAAUUGGAUGACCAUGGCCAGCUCCUCCAUGACAUGUUGCAGCAGCAGCAGCCAGCAACCAGCAACACCGUCACAUCCUCCACCACCACUGCCGCCACCUGGGAGGAAAACGUCCAUGUCCUCCAGGAGAUGCUUAUGCAGCAGCAGCACAUCCAAGUCCAACAGCAGCAGCAAAACUUCUUCGGCAACUCCACGCCACCAAAGUUCCGAAGAGAGUCGGAGCUUCUGAGCCUCCUCCAGCUUCCACGCUGUGCUUCAGGAGGAACUAUCUCUGGACCAUUCAGUUCCGUGAUCUCCAAAAAACUGAGCCAUCCCGCAGUGUCAUCCUUCACCGCCGCCGAGAUAGGAGGGGACUCUUCUCAUCUCCACGGACAGCAAAUGCUUCCCCAGCCUUCCUUCAGGCACUUGCUCCACACCUUGCCUCAUCCGCCCGACCACCCGAGCUCGAAGCCGGGUAUAAUGCGUCCCCCUGGCUUGCUGGACUAUGAAGACCGAGAUAACAGCGCCGGUCACGAAGAGCGCCGGCUCUUUCCAAGCCUGAUCGAAAAGAGGGACUUCACUUUCGCCAAAGGAGCAGAGAGCCGAGGCAUCAACCACUUUGCAACCGAGCGGCAGCGGCGUGAAUACCUCAACGAGAAGUAUCAGACUUUGAGAUCCUUGGUCCCAAACCCCUCAAAGGCUGAUAGAGCUUCUAUAGUCGCGGACGCCAUCGACUAUGUCAAGGAGCUCAAGAGAACCGUCCAAGAGUUGCAGCUGCUCGUCGAGGAGAAGAGACGCGGCUCCAACAAGCGGUGCAAGGCGUCACCGGACGAUCCCUCGGCCACGGACGUGGAGAGCACCACCGUGAUGCAGCAGCCGGGAGGUACGAGAGUGUCCAAAGAGACAACUUUCCUGGGCGAUGGCUCGCAGCUCCGGAGCUCCUGGCUGCAAAGAACAUCGCAGAUGGGAACGCACAUCGACGUCAGGAUCGUGGACGACGAAGUGAAUAUCAAGCUCACCCAGAGGAGACGACGCAACUACGUGCUCCUCGCAGUGCUGAAGAGCUUGGACGAGCUCCGCCUCGAUCUACUCCACGCCAAUGGAGCCAGUAUUGGCGAGCACCACAUUUUCAUGUUCAACACCAAGAUAAUGGAAGGGACGGCUACCUUUGCGGGCCAAGUAGCGGCGAAGCUGAUCGAUGCGGUGGACCGGCAUAUAACCCUGGCCUCGUCGAGCUACUGACGAUCGAGAAAAGCUCCCAAAUCUCCGAGAAGCUGGAUCAUCUAGGGAGAGCACAAGAUUCUUUGAUAGAUCACUAGCAAGAACAAGAUUGAAAUCUAAUGCUUAACAUACCCGGCUCCA